AUGAUGUCUGAAGAGAAAGAGAGAGAGGCUGUCCUGAGCAAUGCCUCCCCUCCGGUGACAGUAGCCAAUUCUGAUGGAUCAGAAAUUGAGAAUCAAACACCCAAUAAGCCCACAACACCUCCUCCGCCUCCCAAUGGCGGUCUCACUGCCUGGCUCCAGGUGGCAGGGGCAUUUUUCUUGUUUUUCAAUUGCUGGGGCGUAGUCAACACCUUCGGUGUCUACCAAAGCUAUUACGAAGACACUCUGCUACCUAACUACUCAGCGUCUUCGAUUUCAUGGAUCGGCACAGUCCAAGGAUUCUUACUCUUGAUGGCAGGAGUAGUCGUGGGGCCUAUCUAUGACAAAGGCCACCUCACGUCUCUUCUUGUUGUGGGCACGUUCCUAGUCGUGUUCGGUCUGAUGAUGACCUCGCUGGCGACGAAAUACUAUCAGGUAUUCCUAGCGCAUGGUAUUACCACGGGACUUGGGUGUGCAUGCUUGUUCCUGCCGAGUGUCGCUAUUGUAGCGACUUAUUUCACAUCGCGGCGAGCGCUGGCGACUGGUAUCACUGCCUCGGGCGGUAGUAUUGGAUCUGUGAUCUACCCUAUCAUGUUUCAUAAACUAAUCAACCCCCUGGGCUUUGGCUGGACAACCCGAAUCAUCGCCUUCGUCGCUCUGGGGGGACUCAUCUUCUCCAUCGCCGUGAUGAAACCCCGUCUCCCACCACCCAAGCAAUCCCGAUCCCUGCUCGACAUGUCCGCUUUCAAAGAUGUACCCUUCCUUAUCUUCUGUAUGGGUCUCUUCUUCUCCUUCGUCGGCUUAUACUUCCCCUUCUUCUACCUCCCGACCUACUUCACCUCCUUCCUCCAUUCCGAUGGCAACAUCGCAUUCUACAUUAUCGCCAUUCUGAACGGUGCCUCCGUCUUCGGACGAAUCGCACCCGGGAUCCUUGCCGAUCACAUCGGCUCCGUCAACACCGUUAUUCCGAUUAGCUUCAGCGCAGCCGUCCUAGCUUUUGCAUGGAUUGGAAUCCGAAAUGAGGCGGGUACUAUCGUCUUCGCUAUUCUGUAUGGUUUUGCCUCGGGGGCGAUCGUAUCUCUACCGCCGACUAUACUUGCCCGACUCACGUCGAAUAUGAGUAUCUUGGGUACAAGGAUGGGAAUGUCUUUUACCUUUGCGGGACUGGGGUUGUUGAUUGGGAAUCCUAUUGCGGGGGCGUUGCUGGAUAUAGAACGGCGGGUUUUCUGGAAGGGGCAGUUGUUUAGUGCUGUGAUGGUUGUUGUUGGGACUGGACUGUUUGUGUGCUUGAGGGUUUUGAAGUGGAAGCAGGGUGAAGGGUGGAAGAUUUGA